GGCUUUUCGGAGCGGAACGCUAAUGACUCAUGUUAUGGAGCAGCCUAGAACACUUCAUUCCGGUUGCUUAGUGACGGGGGUCCGAACUCCUCCCAUCCGGCGCAACAGCAAGCUGGCGAGCCUGGGACGCAUCUUCAAACCCUGGAAGUGGAGGAAAAAGAAAAAUGAGAAAUUAAAACCAGGCUCCACAGGGCUGGAGAGGAAAGUAGCAGCAAGGCAGGGCCGUGAUGAAUUGGUGAGAAAGAGCCUAGCAGAGACGGACACAGGAUCUGGCCUGGCAUGUGGGUGGGACUCGGAGGAGCCAGAGAUGCAGACUCAGGAGUAUUCGGACGGCGAGGAGAGAGAGAAUGAGGUCAUGGCGCCGCUGGCCAGCAACACAGAGGACCUGGGGUCUGAUGAGGACAAUCCAUCCACAGUACAAGAUGCUACAGAAUACACAGAGACUGCAGAGGAGCAGAGUCACAACGAGGAAGAUGAAGAGGAAGCAGAGGAUGAAGAGAACUCUACCUUUGAGCUCCCCAGCAAGGACAGCACUCCUCCUGCUGAAGCUGUCCGGAUCAUAGAGGAUAUGAAAACGGAGCCGCCGAUAAGAGAAGUGCACACUCCUCCUCCUCCUAAAGCACCAGCAAAGCUUCUGCCCAGACUGGGCAGCCUGGACAGUUCACAUCCCAAUCAGAUGAGACCAGCUCCAGCUACCCUUCCCAGAAACUUCACUCUCCCCAAAGAUGCCCUGAGAGGCCGGAUAUCUACCCCGACUGGAUCUCCACACUUGAACAUGCAUCUGCAUCUGCCUCUACCACAUACCUGCAUCAUUGAGGAACUGCACAGAGCACUGGCCACCAAACACCGGCAGGACAGUUUCCAUGGCAAAGAGGUACGUGCAUCUCCGAAGUGGCGAUUAGACGGACACACGUCUCGCACCUCCAGUCUGGACAGCGAGCAUCAGGGUGGGGAGAUGGAGAGCAAGAAGGAGGCGGAGGAGAACAAGGAAAAUAUGGACCUGGAUGAAUACUACAGUGAUCAGGAGAGCUGGAAUGAAUCCGUCAUCUCGGGGACACUACCACGGCGGAUAAGAAAGGAGCUGCUGGCCGUAAAGCUGCGGAACAGACCCAGCAAGCAGGAACUGGAGGACAGGAACAUUUUCCCAGUGCGAAGUGACCAGGAGCGGCAGGAGAUCCGGCAGCAGAUAGAAAUGAAACUUGCUAAGAGACUAAGUCAGAGACCGGCUGUGGAAGAGCUGGAGAGUCGGAACAUCCUCAAGCAGAGGAAUGACCAGACGGAGCAGGAGGAGAGAAGAGAAAUUAAACAGAGGCUGAAUAGAAAGUUGAACCAGCGUCCUACAGUAGACGAGCUCAGAGACAGAAAGAUCCUCAUCCGCUUCAGCGACUACGUUGAAGUGGCUAAAGCUCAGGACUAUGACAGGAGAGCAGACAAGCCCUGGACCAGACUGUCAGCUGCAGAUAAGGCAGCGAUACGGAAAGAGCUGAACGAGUUUAAGAGCCAUGAGAUGGAGGUUCAUGCAUCAAGCAAGCACCUCACCAGGUUCCACCGGCCGUAGCAAACGUUUCUUCUGUGAAGAACACGCCAGGCGUUAAAUAAAGACCUCAGGAGGAUCCUUCCUGUUCUGUGGCCCAUGGGUCCCUGGAGGGCCUGCUGGAUUUGGGCAUUAUGGAACCUCAGAGGCUCAUUUCUGGACUCCAAAGCUCCUCAGCCAAGCUACUUCUUUAGAUUUCUGUACCUGGUUUCGUUUCAUAUUAAUUUGUCUUGUAUAUUGAUGGAACGUUAUCGGAAAAAGAAAUCCAGGCUUUUUUAAAAGACUUUAAAAUGUUUGCCUUUCAGUGCCAAAUGGGAGGGGCGGAGGGGUCUUGCAUGUGACUAAACCAAGCCGUAUUUUCCUCCCCGGUACUGUAGUCACACCCCGAGAGUUUGUGGGCUCCCACUGAAACUUGACUUUCAUAUCUGCUGUAUAUAAGUCUGAGAAAUGAACUCAUGUCUUACCUUUGUAAGCAUUAUUUAUUGUCUGCACAGUACAAACAAUGAAUUUUCAAGAACUAAA